AUGGUGGUGGACCCGGCCGAGGCUCGGGUGGGCUCGCCUCCGGCUGGGGAGGAGCGCCCCCCACCCUGCUCCCUUACGGUGCUGACGGCGGACAGCGAGAUGGUGGUGGAGGGGCCUCAGCAGGUGUUUGGCGCACAGGUGGUGGUGGAGGAGCUGCUGCGGGACGAGCCACCCGCGGCUGCGGUUUCGGCCAGGUCUGGCCGGAAUGGAGCGGCGUACUCAAGGCCACCGGCGGCUAAGGGCAGGCGCACGAAAACGGUGGUGGUCGAGACGACACGCAAGAGCACGAGGAACCGGGGAGCCGCGGCUACCCCCACCAUGGAGAAGGCGCAGCAGCGGGCGGCGGAGCGGAACUUGGAGAAAGGGUCUCCCACGGAGGCGCUGUCUUUGAUCCGAGCGAAGGAACGAGCCCAAGCGGCGCUUGCGGAAGCGGCGGCCAGAAGGGAGGCUGCGGAGCUGGCGCAUGCGCAUGCUGCCAGGGAGGCAGCACAGGCUGCACAGGCGGAGCCCGGGGCGGAGCAGCCGGUGGUUUCUCGAGGCUCGGCGGCGCGCUCGGUGACAGCCGGGGAACCCUUGGACUCCACACCCAGCGGGGAGGGGCCUGUUCCGGAGGUCCUGGGUGACCAGAUGCAGGGAGCAUCUAGGCCCGGCACGUCGCAGGGGAAGCGUGUGCUCCGCCAGUCCUGCCCAGUUCUGGCGGUUAGGAAGGGGCGCGGCAAACGCAAAGGUGCCAGAUGA